GGGAGGGGAGGCCCGGGGUCAAGGAGCAAACCCGGCACAAGAUGGCGGCGGUAGCGGCAGUGGCGGCGCGUAGGAGGCGGUCUUGGCCAGGUUUGGUACUGGCUUCUUUAGGGCUCUGCCUGGGGAUUGCCCUUGCUGUGGAUAGAAGCAACUUCAAGACCUGUGAAGAAAGUUCCUUCUGCAAGAGGCAGCGAAGCAUACGGCCAGGCCUCUCUCCAUACCGAGCUUUGCUGGACACUCUUCAGCUUGGUCCUGAUGCCCUCACGGUUCAUCUGAUCCAUGAGGUCACCAAGGUAUUACUGGUGCUGGAACUCCAGGGGCUUCAAAAGAACAUGACUCGCAUCAGGAUUGAUGAGCUGGAGCCCCUGCGGCCCCGAUACCGUGUGCCCGAUGUUUUGGUGGCUGAUCCCCCCACAGCUCGGCUUUCUAUCUCUGGUCGUGAUGACAAUAGUGUGGAGCUAACAGUGGCUGAGGGACCCUACAAAAUCAUCUUGACGGCAAAGCCUUUCCGCCUUGACCUGCUGGAGGACCGCAGCCUGCUGCUCAGUGUCAAUGCCCGAGGACUCAUGGGCUUUGAGCACCAGAGGGCCCGCAGGGUCCCUUUCUCGGAUAGAGUUAGUCUCACGCUCGGUAGCAUGUGGGAUAAGAUCAAGAACCUUUUCUCUAGGCAAGGAUCAAAAGACCCAGCUGAGGGCGAUGAGGCCCAGCCCGAGGAGAUGCCUGAGGAUGGUGACAAGCCAGAGGAGACCCAGGGGAAGGCAGAGAAAGAUGAGCCAGGAGCCUGGGAGGAGACAUUCAAAACUCACUCUGACAGCAAGCCACAUGGCCCCACGUCUGUGGGUCUGGACUUCUCUCUGCCAGGCAUGGAACAUGUGUAUGGAAUCCCUGAGCAUGCAGACAGCCUGAGGCUCAAGGUCACUGAAGAUGGGGAGCCGUAUCGCCUCUACAAUUUGGAUGUGUUCCAGUACGAGCUGUACAACCCCAUGGCCCUCUAUGGGUCUGUGCCUGUGCUCUUGGCUCAUAACCCUCAUCGUGACUUGGGCAUCUUCUGGCUUAAUGCGGCAGAGACCUGGGUUGAUAUAUCGUCUAACACUGCAGGGAAGACCUUGUUUGGGAAGAUGCUGGACUACUUGCAAGGCUCUGGGGAGACCCCGCAGACAGAUGUCCGCUGGAUGUCAGAAAGUGGCAUUAUCGAUGUCUUCCUGCUCCUUGGGCCUUCCGUCUUUGAUGUCUUUCGGCAGUACGCUAGCCUCACAGGCACCCAGGCAUUGCCCCCGCUCUUCUCCCUGGGCUACCACCAGAGCCGCUGGAACUACCGGGACGAGGCUGAUGUGCUGGAAGUGGAUCAGGGCUUUGAUGAUCACAACAUGCCCUGCGACGUCAUCUGGCUGGACAUCGAACAUGCCGACGGCAAGCGGUACUUCACCUGGGACCCCAGCCGCUUCCCACAGCCGCUUACCAUGCUAGAGCACUUGGCCUCCAAGAGGCGGAAGCUGGUGGCCAUCGUGGACCCCCAUAUCAAAGUGGACUCUAACUACCGAGUUCAUGAAGAGCUACGGAACCAGGGGCUGUACAUUAAAACUCGGGACGGCUCUGACUAUGAGGGUUGGUGCUGGCCAGGCUCAGCUGGUUACCCUGACUUCACUAAUCCCAUGAUGAGGACCUGGUGGGCUCACAUGUUCAACUUUGACAAUUAUGAGGGCUCAGCUCCCAACCUCUACAUCUGGAAUGACAUGAAUGAACCAUCUGUGUUCAAUGGUCCUGAGGUCACCAUGCUCAAAGAUGCCCAGCAUUAUGGUGGCUGGGAGCACCGGGAUGUCCAUAACAUCUAUGGCUUCUAUGUGCACAUGGCGACUGCUGAUGGGCUAAUACUGCGUUCCGGGGGCGUAGAACGCCCCUUUGUCCUGAGUAGGGCUUUCUUCGCUGGCUCCCAGCGCUUUGGUGCAGUGUGGACAGGGGACAACACUGCAGAGUGGGACCAUUUGAAGAUCACUAUCCCUAUGUGUCUCAGCCUGGGGCUGGUGGGACUUACCUUCUGUGGGGCGGAUGUGGGCGGCUUCUUCAAAAAUUCAGAGCCAGAGCUGCUUGUACGCUGGUACCAGAUGGGUGCAUACCAGCCAUUCUUCCGGGCACAUGCCCACCUGGACACUGGGCGGCGAGAGCCUUGGCUGUUAUCCUCUCAGCACCAAGACAUAAUCCGGGAUGCCCUAGGCCAGCGAUAUUCCCUGCUGCCUUUCUGGUACACCCUCUUCUAUCAGGCCCAUCGUGAAGGGGUUCCUGUCAUGAGGCCCAUGUGGGUGCACUAUCCUCAAGACGUGACUACCUUCAGUAUAGACGAUCAGUUCCUACUUGGGGAUGCACUGCUGGUUCACCCUGUAUCUGACUCUGGGGCCCAUGGUGUGCAGGUCUAUCUGCCUGGCCAGGGGGAGGUGUGGUACGACGUUCAGAGCUACCAGAAGCAUCAUGGUCCCCAGACCCUGUACCUGCCUGUAACUCUAAGCAGUAUUCCUGUGUUCCAGCGUGGAGGGACAAUUGUGCCUCGAUGGAUGCGAGUGCGGCGUUCUUCAGACUGCAUGAAGGACGACCCCCUCACUCUCUUUGUUGCACUCAGCCCCCAGGGUACAGCCCAAGGAGAACUGUUUUUGGAUGAUGGGCACACGUUCAACUAUCAGACUCGCCAGGAAUUCCUGCUGCGUCGAUUCUCAUUCUCUGGCAACACCCUUGUUUCCAGCUCAGCAGACUCCAAAGGCCACUUUGAGACCCCAAUUUGGAUUGAGCGUGUGGUGAUCAUGGGGGCUGGAAAGCCAGCAGCCGUGGUGCUCCAGACAAAGGAAUCUCCUGAAAGCCGCCUAGAGUUCCAGCAUGACCCCGAGACCUCUGUGUUGAUUCUGCGCAAGCCUGGUGUCAAUGUGGCCUCUGACUGGAGCAUUCAGCUGCGAUAACCCAGGGGUGUUCUGGGUUGGGAGGAGGUGAAGCAGUGGGAAGUUAUCCUUUCUUCUGCUUUGGAGUUUGACACACACAGACACACAGACACACAGACCCUAGCCUUGACCUUUCUUAUCCCAAGACCCAGAUUCUGCCAACAUCUGGGCAGGAUGAGAGGGUUGUCCCUGGUCUCCAAAUUCCUCUUGUGAUCUCUUGAGCCGUCCCACUUGGUUGAUACCAAGCCUUUCCCUUUGUCCUGCCCCCCACCCCAACUUCCUGUUGCUCUAACUGGAGCACAUCGACUUAGGAAGACGUGAGGACCACAGGGCCCUUGCCUUGCCUUCUUGGGGGCCCUCAAUCUCCUACAGGCCCUAAUUCAUUCAUACCUCUUGUGUUGAUGCCAUUUCCUGGAAGAAGAUGAAGACUCCGAGCUUUAAGGCUCCUUCUGUCUUUGCUCUGCUUCCCCACCACACUGCUUUCCUGUCCCUCCUUUUAUUUCUCCCUCCUGACACUACCCUGUCAGCCAUCCAUUUUUUAUGCCCCACUGAUACACUGGGACCACCCUUUUUACCUGUAAGGGAUGAAUGGAUCAAAGGAGUGAGGUUGCUGGAGAACACCCUCUUCUCUCUCAUCCCCAUAUUUCCUUUCCCCAAUUCCUUCUAGAGCUGCUGCAGUUCUGAUGGGGGCAGUUCUACCUCCCCUGUCCCUUGGGGGAAAAAAGUUUCUACGCCUCCUUAAGAGGGGAUGGGCAUUAAACUUCUUUUGCCCCCUUCUUGUCCCCUUGAGGGGCAUUCAAGAUGGAGAAAUCAGUUGUGGUUUCAUUGAAUCACGAACACCUGUAUUUAUUGCUGGGAAAAGGCUGAGGGUGGGGGGAGAUGAUCAUGUGUGCCCAGGGCUGGCCAGAAGCCCUGGGUGGGGUGGGGUGGGGAAGACUAAUGGAGAAUGAAUGGGAAUAUUUGUGGGAAUUCUUUUUACUUCUUGGCCCCCAGCUGUGACAGGUUUUGAUAAAAGGAAAAACAAUAAAGAAACCAUAAGUAAC